GAACGACGGAGGCACAUGUUGAAUAGUGAUAACUAGAUCAAAACAAAUAUAUUGUUUGAGAGCAUCCUCCAUGUCUUAUGACCCAAACGAGGCCUAGCCAUGUAGGGGGAUCCAAACAAUUCCAAGGAUUAAAAUUGCAAGAGAUCCGAGAAACUUGGAAAGGAUAAAUUAUUCUCUACUCCAAUAGCUUGACAGCAUAUUAAUCUAUAAGAAAAAAACUGCGCCCAGCAGACAUAUUGAUCUACAAUUUUGGUUCAAUUUGCCCUUAAAAUAUUCUUUAAAAAGUAGUAAGUUGUUUAAAAGCGAUGGCAGCGGACAGACAAAGUUGGCAGGUAAACUUGGUACAUAUCUGCCCUCUGGAUAGAAGAGGUGCAGCAUAUUAAAAUCUUUCCUUUUUGUUCACAAAAGAGAAAUAUGGACUUAUUAUGCUCGUGGCCAGAGCAGAAGAGAAAAUUCACUUAAUGGCAACCACAGCAAACUAGAGCAGCAGUCAUGGGCUCAAGGAUGAUCGUAGGUCAAAUCUUCUCAGGAUAUUGGUGUGUGAGCGCUUUAAGCCAAGAUUAGAUAAAGCUCCAUAUGAAAUCCAUAACUUAUGGAAUCUCCCUAUCUCAACCUAUGCGGGUCAAAUUCCACAUUCUUGCUUGUAGCUAUCUGACUGAAACCCUGAACGCAAAUUGUCAUGGCUCUGAUUUCAAUCAAGGAAUUUCACCUGUAAAAGAAGACGCUUUUCUAUUUGGUCAGAAUCCGAUCUCUUUCUCUGAUGCCUGCCAUGUGUUUGAAAAAACGUCUGACUUAACCGUUGUGUCUGCCACCUCGAUUAUUGGCUGCUUUUCUAAGCAGGAUCGCCAUGAAGAAGCUAUCCAUCUCUUCUCAAGAAUGCUUGCUUCAAACACCAGACCAAAUGAGUUCACAUUUGGAACGGUAAUUCACUCAUCCACUGCUCUUGAAAACCGUCUUGUGGGCAAACAACUUCAUGGCUUAGCAACGAAGACAAGCCUUAACUCUAAUGUAUUUGUUGGUAGUGCUCUUUUAGAUUUCUAUGUCAAGUUGAGUACAAUAGAAGAUGCCCAGAAAGCUUUCGCAGAUACCAAACAUCCCAAUGUUGUGUCCUAUACAACCCUGAUAUGUGGGUACUUGAAGACAGGAAGGUAUAUAGAUGCUUUGCAGCUUUUCAAUAAGAUGCCUGAGAGGAAUAUAAUUUCAUGGAAUGCCAUGGUUUGUGGGUGUAGCCAAACAGGCCAUAACGAAGAGGCUGUCGAUUUUUUCAUCAGCAUGCUUAGAGAAGGAUUCUUACCUAAUCAAUCUACGUUUCCCUGUGCUAUUUGUGCAGCUUCCAAUAUAGCAGCACUUGGGAUUGGCAGAAGUUUUCAUGCAUGUGCAAUAAAGAUUUUGGGUAAUCUUAAUGUGUUUGUUAGCACUUCUCUGAUUAGCUUUUACGCUAAGUGUGGAAACAUGGAAGAUAGCAUACUGAUGUUCAAUAAACUCUCUAAAAGGAGCGUAGCUUCGUGGAAUUCUGUCAUAUGUGGUUAUGCUCAGAAUGGGAGAGGAAAUGAAGCUAUAAGGUUCUACAAAAGGAUGCUUUCUGCAGACUGUAAACCCAAUGAUGUCACCCUUCUUGGCUUACUUUGGGCUUGUAAUCAUGCUGGUCUUGUAGAUGUGGGAUAUUCAUACUUUAACCAAGCCAGGAUUGAGAGCCCCAGCUUGCUAAAACCUGAGCACUAUGCCUGUAUGGUUGACUUGCUCUCUCGAUCCGGGCGAUUUACAGAAGCAAAGAGGUUCCUUCACGAUAUGCGUUUUGACCCUGGAAUAGGGUUUUGGAAGGCAUUGCUUGGAGGUUGCCAAAUCCACUCAAACACGGGGAUGGGGGAGAUUGCAGCUAGAAAGAUCUUGGCUUUGGAUCCAGAUGAUAUAUCUUCAUAUGUGAUGCUGUCAAAUGCACAUUCUGCAGCUGGUAGGUGGUUAGAAGUGACAUUACUAAGAGAAGAGAUGAAGAAGAAAGGGAUGAAGAGGAUUCCAGGUUGUAGUUGGAUUGAAGUCAGGAAUAAAUCUCAUAUCUUUCUCACUGCUGACAAGAAUCAUUGUGAAAGUGACAGUAUUUAUGCCAUCCUAAGAUUUCUUAUAGAGCACUCAAGGGAAAAUGAGACUUCCAAUUUGUUGACAGACUUGUGAAUCAACUGUAGUUGGAAUUUCGGUAUAGCAUGUUAAUGUAGUUACCCAGUUUAGACGAAGGGGUCUUCAUUUUCAUUAAGAGUUGAACAUCUAAGGAAUGCCUCCGAAGUAUGCCUAAUCAUAAUUAUUUACUAAUCAAGAAUCAAGGAGCAAUCAACAAAAGAUUUGAACGGCCGUCUCCCAUAGCAUAACUGUACAGAAUAUAAAUUCUGCAAGAUCAUCCAUUUACCGUUGUGAAAGAGAGAAACUUGGAGGGUUUUUCAGUAUCCUAAGGCGAAAGCCCACUCUCUUUCGAAUCUCACAGGCAAUGCCCCAACGAGUACAGAAGAAAA